CAUUUUGUUGUAAGGUGUCAUGGCCGAAUCCGGAAAUCCGGCCGGCCACAAGCCACAGCUGUUUUGACGAAGUUAGCGAUCUAGUAGUAGUAUAGAUAUCUGUGCCCCCAGCUAUAAAGAACAGACUCUAUGUUUAUAGUUAUCUUGCACGAUCUGUCGAAAGAAAACUGGUUGUGUGCUUAUAAUAUCAUCAAAUAUCAUUUGAUAUCAUCCCGAUAUCCUGUGAAGAUCUAUACAUCAACGAAAUACCUGCAUUUCAUGAUCAUGGAGUGGUUAUUUGGCAAGCGUAUCACUCCUGAGGAAAUGCUCAGAAAGAACCAAAGAGCGUUGAACAAAGCAAUGCGAGAUUUAGACAGAGAAAAAGUAAGAAUGGAACAACAGGAAAAAAAAAUUAUAGCUGAUAUAAAGAAACUCGCAAAGGAUGGACAAAUGGAUGCUGUGAAAAUUAUGGCUAAAGAUCUAGUUAGGACAAGGCGUUAUGUAAAAAAGUUUAUGCUGAUGAAAGCAAAUAUUCAAGCAGUGUCCCUAAAAAUACAAACCUUACGUUCUCAAAAUACAAUGGCACAAGCUAUGAAAGGGGUGACUAAAGCGAUGCAAAAUAUGAAUAAACAAUUAAACUUACCUCAAAUACAAAAAAUAUUACAAGAAUUUGAAAAGCAAUCGGAGAUUAUGGAUAUGAAGGAAGAAAUAAUGAAUGAUGCAAUAGAUGAUGCAAUGGAGGAUGAAGGAGAUGAAGAAGAAAGUGAUGCCAUAGUUGCCCAGGUAUUGGACGAAUUAGGUCUACAGUUGACAGAUCAACUCUCUGGACUACCGCAAGCAUCUGGAUCACUAAGUGUAGCUGGUUCGAAGCAGCCAAUUGCUACUGCAGCAGGCAAUGAGGAAGGAGGCAAUCUUGCGGACGCUGACGCGGAUUUACAAGCUCGACUCGAGAAUUUGCGACGUGAAUAAGUCGACACUUAAAAAUAAUAUUAACUAAGAUAUUUUAGUUAAAUAUUAUAGUUAAAUAAUGUACAAAAAAUGUAAAAAGAAUUGGCUUUAUACUGAACAUUAGCUUUAAAAGAGUAGCACUAACUAAGUGCUCAAAUGCUUGUGUAUACUUAAUAUAAGUAUAAAUUUAAAACAAAUGUCUCAAUUGUUUAUAUACAAUUUUUGUUGAAUAAUUGAGCUUUAUAUUUUAUACGCUUGAAUUUUAUAACUGCUUCUAUAGCGAACAUUCUCUAUAAAUAUAUAAGUUUCUAAUACAGAUACAUGCAAAAAAAAGCUGUAUAAUAAAAUAUAUAAUAUAAUAACAUGUU